AUGAAGUUUCAGACCUCUGCCCUUCUUUUCUUCCUCCCCGCAGUACUGGGCUGGUGGAACUGCAACUUGCCCGCUGGUACUGGUGACUAUGGGGCCUGCUUAGAAGAUGGAAAGGCCGGAAGUGCCCUUCCUUGUACCAACGACCAUCCCUGCCCUUACAUCGAGGAAGGUCAAGCCUUUAGGCUUAAGCAGUCCUCCAUCGAAAAGGCCGCAUCCAAUACAUUUUGUCACUCACAAAUCGUCCAUAGCCACUUCUACAAACGCCAAUAUCUCAUGUCUGUUGCACACUGCGCCCUGUGUGGCUUGAACAUCCCUUCCAACAAUUCAUCCCUCUGGACCAGCAAGUUCCGAGCGGUCUAUACUGAUAAGGAAAACUGGAAUCAAGCUAGGCUUUCUGGCGUUGGUAGUAUCAAUAAUGAUGGAGCAAAAGCCCCCAGGGACUCCAAGCGUCGCUUUGACGAUGACGACAUUCAGCCGACAGAGUUGAUCACGAUAGAUUUAGCCACCAGGUCUUUCACCAAGUUCAUAGGCCCCAACCCAUCUACCCAAGAGCCGGGAUUCUGGGGCUUUGGGUUUCAUGCGAGUUGCUGGGGUAUCCUUACCCACCUGUUCCAGCCUAGCCUUGACGACAUCCUGUUCGCGUGCCUCUCAUUCCCGCUUAGAGACCGUGGCAUCCUUGACUGGGGACACACCUACGGCGGGGCGAUAGUCAUAAAAGAGGACGAUGGCUUGCCUAUGCUGCUCCCACGAUACUUUAGGGGCGCCAAUACAAUGGAUCCUAUGCGUCAAGACCCUUUCAAUCUUUCUGCGAUAUUGGAGCUGGCGAGAUCUGCAAUACCCGAGCAUCCAAUUGAUAAGACCAGCGCAAUUGAGGUCUCUGGCCAGGACUCCGGUAUUGAUCCCUUCAGCUCAUUGCCACCUGAGCUCAUUGCGGCGAUUCUCGAGUUCGUUCCGUCUCGCUAUGUGCUAUGCGUGAAGCUUGCCUCGCGUCAAUUUGCAGCGUGCCCGUUGACAGAAUCGUUUUGGGCGUCGCGAUUCUUGGAGGGGCAAGAUUUUCACCAUGUAUUUGAGGUAUGGAAGUCCAAGCCCAAGUCUUGGGCAAGUAUGCAUCAAGCUUUGAGGGGUAUCAGAAAUCAUCGCAAACUACUCAGCCGAAAGCGCGUCUGGGAUCUAUCUCUGAAAUUGCGAGAUCUAUUGGACCAGUUGAUGCCGACUUGCCAUGGAGACUCCUUGCACAGCUACUUUGAGCCAGUAGGAAAGCAUGAUCCUCUGGACUGGCAAGUUGCAAGUCGAGGUCUUGCGAGACCUGAGGACGAGUUCAGACAAGGUACUAGGUCUCUUCGGAUGCGCGUUAUCGACAUCCCCCAAGAUAUUCAGGAAGUCUUCAUCAGCUUCAUCCAGCUCAGCCUUGGCGAGUUCGUUUCUGGUAUUCGGUUUCAGCGUCAGAAUGGGGAAGAUGUACGAAUUGGUUACUCGGAGCCCAGUCGAGAAUUCCCUCUUACUAUUCCACCUGGCCUCGGAAUUCGCGGCUUGUUUUUGGCCUUUAGCGAAAUGGGUGUUCAAGCUGUCUCCGCGCUGAUGGAAGAUGAGACUUGUUCUCCUUGGAGAGGCGCAGAACAGGGGCUUCCCAAAAUGCGGUUGAGUACAAUAUCUAGACUGACCACCCUGAAAGCAGAGUUUGAUGCCUUCAAGCUUGUGGCACUCAGUAUCCCUAUCAUCUCUCCCUACAAUAUUCCACCCCAGGAGACACACUUGUGGGACGAAAUCCCACCAGAUCACCUUUAUCUCAAUGGAAGUGACGAUGAUUUUCCAAAGACUGACUACCGACACAUUCCUUUACCAUACUCUACCGUGCUCUUUGGUGGUGCUCACGGAGAAGACCUAGCCCAACUCGUGCAAAUCAGGUGGACAUUUUAUAUCGACGUGAUUUCUGCUCUACAGUUCAUCUACACGGAUCCCUUCAAGAACAAAUACUUUGGAGGAAGAGAUCCUUUUGCGGAGUCGGGGAGAGAGAGAAGACCCACUAAUGUUCGAGAUAAUGAACAGCUCUUCCCUAUCGACGGACCAGCUGGAGAGCGCAUCAUAUCGAUCGAGGUACAAGGCGGCAAGGACCGAGUCGAGGGUAUGACUCUCAAAACCAACUUUGGAAGAAAGGUUACGUUCCCUCAGAAUUAUCUGAGGGGCGGUUCUGCAUGGACUGUCAUUGAACCCGAGGGCGAUGUGAUUGUUGGAUUUUAUUCUGUUGUUCCAAAUUGCUCCAUCCUAUAA